AAAUAGUUAUAUUGAAACAAAUGAUUAUUGGCAAUGGUAUGAUCAAAUAUAUCCAAUGAAUAAAAAAAUAUAUCAUUUACAUGAUCGUAUUUGUAAUGAUCAUUAUAUUGGACAUAAAACAUUUAUAUCAUCACAAAAUGGUGCUAUGAUUACAUAUCGUUUUAAACAUACUGUUGGACAAUUUAAAUUUCGUUUAACAUUUGUUGAAAAUAAUAAUUUAUGUGAUGUAUUUAUAGCCGGUUCAGAAACAACACACGGUGUGCAUGAAUAUACAAAUGAUAAUAUAAAUUUACAAAGAAUUUGUUCAUUAUAUAUUAUACAAUCACCUAAAUGGAAUAAAGGAAAUUUUUUUGGUAUGAAAAUUACUAUAAAUGAAUUUGAUAUUGGUGAUAAACAAACUAAAACUAGAGUACCAUACCCAUUUUAUUGUCAUGGUGUUAAAAAUUUUGUACAAAUCGGUGGAUUUGGCCCAGCAUUAUUAGGUUAUUAUACGGAAAAAAUGCAUACAUGGAUUGAAUUAUGUAAUGAACAUUAUUAUGCUGAACCAAUAUUUAUUCAAUGUCCAAAUGUUGUUGUACGUAUUGCAAUUUGGUAUUCACAACAACAUAUAAAAUUACAUUAUAAAUCAAUAACAUCGAAAUCAUUUUGGACAACCGAUUAUUUAAGACAGAAAAAUCCAUAUAAACUACAAUGUUCAAAUGAAUCAAUGUAUGUUACAAAUGUACCUGUACAGUUAACAAACCCUGAACGUAAUGAAUCAGAUCCAAAUUGCUGGUAUUUAAUUAGAAAUCAAGGUUAUCAUCUAGUAUCAGCAACUGAUCCAAAUAAUAUUGAUGAAAAUUGUAAAAUAUUAAUAUUAGCACCGAUUAAACAUAUAAUUGAAAUAAAAAUAAUGGAAAUAAAUAUAAAUAUUUUAGGUUAUUGUCGUGAUUAUCGUACUGAAGAUUAUAUUGCCGGUAUUGAUGGUUGGACAAUUGAUGGUGAAAAUAUACCGAAUAUAUUUUUAGAUGAUCAAUCAACGCAACAACAACAGCCGCAAACAACAUUAACCGAAAUACCAUUAUGUAAAAAAAAUGGUGAUCGUUAUUUUGUAUCAUCACAAAAUAUUGCCGAAAUUGAUUUUUAUUUACCAUUUACAAAAACAUUUUUAUAUGAUUCACCAAUACCACCGGGUUUUGCAUUUACAGUUAAAUUUAUAUUCGAACCAACUUUUUGUAAUCAAGUUUAUCUAAUCAAUACGGAAGAUCGUUAUACAACCGAACGAUUAUUAUUAUUAAGCUAUAAUGUACAUAUAAAUUGUACAUUUUAUUUUCCCCGGUUACCUUGGAUACAAUCAAAUUUUAUCGGGUUAAAAUUUCAUUUAUAUAAUUAUUCAAUUGGUAAACCAAUGUCACAAUUGACUAGUUUGGAACAAAAUCUUGUUCGAUUAGAUUUGCCAAAUAGAUGUGGAUAUUUACAAAGUCAAAAUGAUUUAAUACAGUUGGAAGGUGGUCUAAAAUUCGGUAUGACAGCCCAAUUGAAACCGCAUGCAUUUGAAUUUUGUAAUGCAUUGAAUGUACCGCCACCACAUAACUUUACAAUAUUAUGUCCAAAUUCGGCCAUAAAUUUACGUUCAAGUUUUGAAUAUUAUAAUUUUAUUGAAUUUGAUAUAACAACAAUGUUUGAAGGUGAAAUUUCACAAUUACAACCAACAGCUAAUCAAACUGAUAAUAAUCAGGAUGAUAAUCCAAAUGAAGAUAUUGCUUAUUGUUCGUAUAAACGUCGUACACCUGCUUGUAAACAAACAAUUAAUGAAAGUGGUUAUUAUUCACUUGGUGUAUCACGCGAACAUUAUAAUAAACUAUGUAUACUUUAUAUAAUGGCACCAAAAUCAUUACAAUUAAUACAAAUAGAAAUUAUACAUAUAAAAUUUACUUGUAAUGAUGAUGAUAAAAUAAAUAAUAAUCAAUAUUUACGUCUGUUUGAUGGUUGGCGUUUUGUUGAUCGUCUAGUUAUACCACGUACAUUUGAUUCAAUAAAAAAUUAUACAUCACGUAUUUAUAAUCUUUGUAAAAGGACAAGAGAAAAAAUAUUUUUAUCACAAAAUAUUGGUCAAUUAGAAUAUCGUAUAAAAGGUAAAGGUUGGAAUAAAGAUUUUCAAUUUUCAUUACGUUUUAUACGUAAUCCUGAACCCUGUGAUCAAAUAUAUUUUCUUGAUGAUGUUUUCAAACAAAAAAAACAUAUAAAUUUUCGUAUGAUAAAUAAUAAUCAUGAUGGUUAUAUUUGUACAACAUAUAUAAUGUUUGUACCAUGGAAUCCAUAUCCCGAUCAUGUACGUGAUGAAAGUGAUUAUAGUGGUUUAGAUAUACAUUUUACUAAAUAUGAAAUACCGGAAAAAUCAUUACAUAAACAUAUUUAUGAUUGGGAUGAUUCGUGUACGAAACAUGGUGCAAAAUAUUAUAUAAGAAUUAUUGGUAAUCAUGAUGUUAAAUAUUUUUUUAAAGAACAUCAUAUGCGUGGUGUUGAACUUUGUGGUGAUCAGAGAAAAAAUUUUGCAUUUCAAGUACAUUGGUGUUGGAAUGUUGGUAUUGAAUUGGUUGCACCGUUGAAAAAAUCACCAAAUGCUGAAACAACACAAGUUGAACCAUCAUCAAUCGAAGUAACAGUCGUACCAUUAAAAUCAAAAGAAUUAGUACCAAAUGAUCCAGGUGUACUAAGGGCAUGGGAAUUUUAUCAAGCACAUCCACCAUUAUGUAAGCGUCCAGAAUUUCAUUAUGAAAAUCCAUCUGGUGAAAUUUUUUCAGUUUGAAUACUGGGGGGGGGAAGAAAAAAUUACAAAAUUUGUAAAUUUUUUUUUUAAAAUAAUUAACAUUGUUGAAUAAUAUUACAAGAAAAUAAA